AUGUCGACAGCCUCUGCGACGGACGCAGCGUCGCUGCCUCGCAGUCACCAUGAUGGUCAAUCCGAGAUACCCAACAAGGCUGAGCCAUCUGCGAAUUACAAAGGCUUCGUCGCCGGUGUCUUCAGCGGCAUCGCCAAGUUGACAGUUGGACACCCCUUCGACACAAUCAAAGUCAGAUUACAGACGUCACAGAUGUCGCAAUUCAACGGGCCACUGGACUGCUUGAUGCAGACAUUGAAAAGAGAAGGACCACAAGGCUUAUACAAGGGUGCGACGCCGCCGCUGGUCGGAUGGAUGUUCAUGGACAGUCUGAUGUUGGGCAGUCUCACAUUCUAUCGCAAACUGCUGAACGAACGCGUCUUCCAGCCCAUGCAUGAGACUAGAGCUGCAGCUGGCGUGUACGCUGUCCCUGCAGACAAGACGCUACCCACGAUAGGACACGCAAUAGCAGGAGUCAUGGCCGGAAGCACGGUAUCGUUCAUCGCAGCCCCUGUAGAACACGUCAAAGCGCGCCUGCAGGUGCAGUAUUCAGCCGACAAGUCGAAACGACUGUACUCUGGACCAAUCGACUGUUCACGCCAGAUCUUCCGCCAACACGGUCUACGGGGAUUGUAUCAUGGACUCGGAGCGACAUUGAUAUUCCGUACCUUCUUCUUCUGCUGGUGGGGAUCGUAUGACCUCUUCACGAGGUGGUUCAAGAAGAACACUGCAAUGUCUACGCCGGCCAUCAACUUUUGGGCAGGAGGACUGUCGGCACAGGUCUUCUGGUUGACGAGUUACCCUUCGGAUGUUAUCAAGCAGCGUAUCAUGACGGAUGAUUUGGCGAAUAGAAAGUUCCCUCGCUGGAGAGAUGCGGCAAGAGCUGUAGGCAGGGAGAAUGGCUGGCGGGGUUACUGGAGGGGCUUUGUGCCGUGUUUCUUGAGAGCGUUUCCAGCAAACGCAAUGGCGCUGGUGGCAUUCGAAGGUGUCAUGAGGAUGCUUUGA